AUGGGUACCUUAAGUGAUGAGGAUAAUUUAACUCAAAUAAAAUAUUCUGUUGUAAAUCUGCUAGCAAAUUAUCCAAAUGUAAAUGAGAAUAAUGAGGAUGAAAUUAAUGGUGAAUUUCAGCACACCCAUCAACAACAACGGAAUAUGAGAUAUCAUGAACGAAAACGUGGGCAAAAUGAUUCUUUUGAACAAACUCCAGAAGGCACACCAAAACGUAAUAAAGUUCGUCAAUUUGAUGACAUUCAGAGAAUUUCAAAUGAUCUGAAUGUAAAUCGGAGUCCAAAUCAAGACCCAAAUGAUAAUAUAGUUAACAAUCGUAAUAAUAACACCACAGCAGCGUACUUUAAUAUAAAGCAUACAUACGUAAAUUCAAAAUUCGCGGAAACUUCACGUCAGCAACAAAAAUGUGAGUCUUUUCCACCAUUUAGGAUUCGAUUUAAAGAUAAUCAAUAUCCAAUAGAACUAGCAAUCAUCAAAGCGAUAAAUCGUCAGUGUAAUAUAAACUUGACAUAUGGUCGCUAUUCAACGUACAACAAUAAAAAGAGUUAUUUACUCUAUGCGAAUUCGUCAAGCCAAUACGAUUCGUUAAAAGAUCUGAGUAAAUGGCCGCAAAAAAUAUGCGAUCUUGAAUAUGAAUUAGACAUGCCCAAUAAGACUCCAACGUGCUAUUCUAUUGUGGUAUUAAAUGCUCCACCGCAAUGGGAUGUCUAUCAGCUUGAAAACGAUUUCAGAAUGCAACAUUCAACUGUAGUAAAAGUUGAGCGGUUAUUCAUUAAUGGUGGAAAACCAAUAUUAAAGGUACGUGUCGAUUUUUCGGAUAGUCGGGAGGUAACUGGAAUUUUAAAACAAAAGAAAAUCUUAUUAGACGAAAAUAGCACAGCUUAUCUUACAACCGAUUUCUCUAUGACAGAUACGAAUAUUACCAUUGGAUUUCUCACACCGAAUGGAAAUUUCGCUGUAGUUAGUGGGUUCUUCAAUGAAUUAAUGGAAAAUAAUACGGAUUUACAAGUUACAGUGAAUACUACCUUAUCGUUUCCACCUUUCUACGCUUGUUUUGAGAGAAUAAUGCCACCAUCAAAUCCUACCGGUGGUAAUGUUCUACUUGUUUCUCGUCUCAUUCCUGAAACAAUUGUUCGUGAUCAACCGGAUCAAGUUGCUGAAGUAUUCUUCCGAACCAGAGGUCGAAGUGCAGAUGAAUUGGUACUUAUCGGACAUCUAGUGGCUGGUGGCCAAGUAUCCAAUUCAUCGAUUGAUAAUAGUGUCAAUCCUGCAUGGCGUACAGCUCUCCUACAUAUGAUCAAUGGGCAGGGAUGGUCUGAAGAAACAUCAGUUGCUGAUCAAGAACUUGUUGCUUCACGUCUUCGAGUUCAAGUCGAAAUUCUUGAAACAGUGGGUGGUGGUGCACAAUCAGCUUGUUAUUUGAAUGAAGCCGAUCCUAUUGAACCGAAUUGGCAACAGAAAUUUUUCGGUACUCAAGCGAUCUAUGAUCGGUUAAAAUCCAUCAAGAAAACAGUCGAUCCAAAUGGUCUGUUUAUUUGUAAGAAUUGUGUUGGUAGCGAUGACUGGUCGGCCGAUCCCAACUGCCUGAAAAUAUCUAGCGCUGCUCGAAUCCGUGUCACAAUACUUGUUUUCCUUGUAAUGAAAAUAUUUGGAGUAUCGUGGUAG